CUGACCUGGGACGAUGCAGCAGCAUUUUGUAGCACACAGCACAUUGGCGGACGAUUGCCGUCAUUGGCAUCGGCAGCGGAGGCAGAUGCCGUACUGUCCUUAUGGUCUAAAUUGUCGUACUGGGUCGGGCUCAGUGAUGUGGCAAAGGAAGGCUCUUUCGUUUGGGCGGACGGUAACAGCAGCCGGCCGCUACCCUGGAAUAGC